UGCGCAUGCUCCCUACAUCCUCUUCUCUCUCCAUCCACACGUCGAGGGACUUGAAAGCUUGAAUAAAGAUGCUCAACGUCUCGGGUCGCUGGAGCCUUGUCACCGGGUGAAACUCAGUUAGACUAUCUGGGAGGACGCACUCAGAGGAGCGCGGAGAAUUAGCAGAAGGACAUCCUCGCUUUCUUGGUAUCGGCGCGCGCGGGCACUCUACCGACAUGGAACUGAAGAAAUCUAUUUCGGACACCGAGCGCGCGCUCAGGAGCUACGGCGCCGUGUCGGAAACGGCAUGGACAACGGACAAAGGUCACUCAGAUGUAUCCAUGGCAGAGAGCACCAUGUCUCCAGAGGAGAUCGAGGUGGAGAUGGCUCGUAUCCAGCGCCUGCGAGAGGUCCUGGUGCGCCGAGAGUCAGAGCUGCGCUUCAUGAUGGAUGACAUUCAGCUCUGCAAAGACAUCAUGAGUUUAAAGCAGGAGCUGAGGCAGAUUGUCGCAGUACCAGAGAAAGAAAAAAACAAGAAGCAUAGGCAGCGGGAAGAGGAGCUGAUCCUGAAGAUCCAUAAACUGGUGCAGAAGAGGGAUUUCCUGGUGGAUGAUGCUGAGGUGGAGAGAUUAAGGGAGCGAGAGGAGGACAAGGAGAUGGCUGAGUUUCUCAGACUGAAGCUAAUGCCUCUGGAGAAGAAGCUCAAAGUCGCACAAAAUCCUCCAAAGCCCAAGAGACAAAUCCUGGAGCCACCCCCCAACAAACCGUCCAUCACCAAGUCAGGAGUGGCCAUUAUUAAGGACUGCUGCGGAGCCACCCAGUGUGCCAUCAUGUAACUGACAGAGACCUCUUUACGACCCCAUCCACCCAUCCCCAUCAGAAACAAGCACUCACAUCACAUGAUAUGCCAUAUAUCACUUCCUGUGACUCAGAGAACCUCAGUUAGCUGUUAGUCUCCCCUGGACUUCAGGAGUCAGGUUUCUGAUUUAAAUACAGAUUCAACCAAAAAGGGGCAGUCGAUCCCUAAUCAAUACUCAAGAAGCUGCUCAAGUGAAGACUGCCUGUCAGCUGUGUAUGUGAAGUAAAGGGGUAUUUAAUGGAUAAAGUAGACUUAGGAACAGAGAAACAUGUUUAAAAAAAUCAAAGAAAUAAACUGUAUGUGAAACAGAUUUCAUUAUGUAACAUUCCUUUUCAAGGUGGUGAUAUGAUCCAUGAUAUACCUGAUACACAGUAGAUGUAGGUAGAGCACUACAAGCACAAUGUCCACACAGUGAACUAUAAAUGCUGGGUUUCUCUGUCUGACAGGAAAAAAAAAAAUCUGUUUUCAUCUAGUCAUGUUUGAUAAUGAGUAUUCUUCCAUUUCAGCCAUUUAACACAAACCAGUGAACCUCUUUCACUUUCAGGAAACCUACAACUCUUCAUUUUUAUCAUAGCUACCAAGUGAGAGGAACACGUGGCUCAGACAAACAACAUGGCUGCAGAUUAGGUGAACAAUGUAAACCGGGGUUGACGCUUUUGUACUGGAGCUGAGAAAUAUUUUUGACUCCAUGCUUGAGCAGCAGAAUAAUUCUCUGAACACAAGGAACUGGAAGAUUUAAAAUGUCUCUAGUGGUCACACAAGGCGUACAAAAUAACAGAUGCACUAAAUAACUAAUGCACUAGUGCAACCACUGCUACACAAAGUUGGCUCAUAUUAGACUGAGUUUUUCAAAGCAAUGUCAACAUGAGACACUUAAAAGAUUGUGCCCAAAGUGCAGGUGCAUCAGUGAAUUCAAAACUAAAUAAAUCACUUAGAAUAACAGAACAGUCUCAACAGCUGCUCCUUUGUAUUCCUCACAUGAUUAAACCACAGGAAUAUAAUAGCAUAAAUGAAAAGACAUAUGAAAAUAUGAUUUAAAGAUAAUUUUGUAGAACUGCACUGAAAUGUGUCCCCAGACUUUUGCAUUACACAGUAUAAAAGCCUUAUACGACCCACUUCUCGCAGUGUUUCCACUAGUAAAGCUUUCAUUCUUGUGUACUCCUCUAUAUGCCAAUACAUAAAUUAUUUCAUUACAUAGUGGGGUGUCUUUUUUGUUUUUAAAUGGUCCACUUGCUCAUUCCCCAAAAACAACACAUUCCUGGCCAUACUAACAUCAUCUCAGCCAACAGCUACCAGAAUAUUGACUGUGGUAGUAUGACAUCAUUCAUAGUUAUUAUGGAUAUUGCAGAUAUUGCUGACAACAAACAACUUGCAUCCUCUGAUUUUAGUCUUGCAUUUUUAUGAUUAACACCAGGAAAUGAAUGCAACUCUUGUAAAUGCCUACAAUAGAUGGUGUAUGUUUGAGUGUAUUUAGGUCUUUAGUGACUCAUGUCAAGCAAAGUGUUGCUCUUUGUCACUUUACCUUCCUUCUGAUAACUUAGCGUUCUGUAGUAGUAGUAAAUUUAUGAAGGUCCUAAUGUUGAAUAUUGAUCAAAUAUGCAGAAAAUAAGCUGAUACCUGUACAUAUAUGUUUAAAUAAAGAGCAUCUUUCAGGAA